GUACACUUGGCACGUCAGAGGACAAGGUGUAUAAAUUGAGAGGGUUUCUUCACACAGCAAGAAACGCAGAAAUUGCUCAGUGGAAUAAGCUUCCGGAUCCUUUUUCAACCGUAUUUUGAAUCCGAAACAUUGGAUGACAUUAAAUUCAAUCAGGCAGGAAGUGGUAUGUUGCUUUCGCGCUGUACCUUAAUCAGUUUUAUGGCCAAAAACGGUAUAGUUGGCCAGCACUCUGAACGGAGAAACUUCCCACUGCCUGAAACCUGAGACUGGACCAGCUCUGACCUGUUUGGUAACCGAAAACUCCAAAGGAUUCAUUAAAGGAAGAUCAGUAUAAAGACUUACUUUUCUCCGGUCAUGCACAACAUGCAGAAACCCUAGACUGCUUUUUACGCCCUGCUCAAACACAAGUGGACCAUAGCUGAGCGUUCAGUUCACAUUGAAAAGAGCCGGUGCGACAGCUUUUUUGUUUUUGGAUUUUCUACACAGCGGUUUAGUCAUGGUUGGAAUGAGACCCACAGACCUGGCCCCCACGGCAACCGUCAAGUUCUUUGGGGCAGGGACGGCAGGCUGCAUCGCCGAUUUGGUCACCUUCCCGUUAGACACGGCCAAAGUCAGGCUUCAGAUUCAGGGGGAGGCCCAGCCAGCAGAGGGGGCCAAAGGGACGAGGUACAGGGGCGUGUUUGGCACCAUCAACACCAUGGUGAGGAUGGAGGGCCCGAGGAGCCUGUACAGCGGGCUGGUGGCCGGGCUGCAGAGGCAGAUGAGCUUCGCCUCGGUCCGCAUCGGCCUCUACGACUCCAUGAAGCAGUUCUACACGAGAGGAUCGGAGAGCGCUGGCAUCGUCAGUCGGCUGAUGGCGGGCUGCACCACGGGGGCGAUGGCGGUGGCCUUCGCCCAGCCCACCGACGUGGUGAAGGUGCGCUUCCAGGCCCAGGUGCGCCCGGCCGACGGGAUGAAGCGCUACAGCGGCACCAUGGACGCCUACAGGACCAUCGCGCGGGACGAGGGGGUCAGGGGCCUCUGGAAAGGUUGCCUGCCAAACAUAACGCGCAAUGCCAUUGUGAACUGUGCAGAACUGGUCACCUAUGACAUCAUCAAAGAGCUCAUCUUAAAGUACGACCUCAUGACAGACAGCCUGCCGUGCCACUUCACCGCCGCGUUCGGCGCGGGCUUCUGCACCACCAUCGUGGCGUCGCCGGUGGACGUGGUGAAGACGCGCUUCAUGAACUCGCCCCCCGGGCAGUACGGCAGCGCCGUGCGCUGCGCCGCCACCAUGCUGAAGACGGAGGGCCCCACGGCGUUCUACAAGGGGUUCAUGCCGUCUUUCCUGCGCCUGGGCUCGUGGAACAUCGUGAUGUUCGUCUCUUACGAGCAGAUCAAGAGAGCCGUGAUGAGGACACAGCAGUCCUGGGAAUCCCCAAAUUGAGCUCCUAAACCCCCCCCCUUUUGGGCACUGGGAUGUCCGUGGACGUUAAUUUGAGGGCGGGGUUUGAGCCCCUUGCGGACGCUCGUACCUGUGUUGCAUGUGCGCUGUCUUGCUCCGCCAGCCAGUGAGAUGUCACAGCACUGGACAACAUGUUAGCCUAGCGCACAGGGCUGCUGGCCCAAUAUUCCAUCUCCGUGACGACGAAACGGAGAGACCACAGGUGCGUCUGUGGCAGAGAAGAGCCGGACUGCAAACUGGACUUCCUGCCGUCAGACAGAGCAUUCUAACUGAGAGCUGAGGAACCUUUCUAACCCACUCAGGGUCAAAUCUCAUUUGAGGACUUUAUAAGCUUGCUUUUUUUUUGUUGGGUUUA